UCCAGAAGGGAAAGACCAGAGAGUGAAACGCAUUAUCGUUGUUUUGAUGGCAAGGGCCACUGAACGUUCAUAAUAAUAAAGCAAGUCAAGAGGUUUUGUAUCAAUAUCGUUUUGGUUCGAGGAAAUGGAGAAGGAAGUGUAGGCUACACAUGUAUUGGAAUAAGAAAACUGUGUGAAGAGCACAGCAUGCUUUUAUGACGGGACGCCACACGGAAGACGCCGAGCCCCUGUCUUUUUUUUUUUGGUGGAGGGGAAUCGUUGGAGUGGUUCGAUUCCCUGAAUAACAGCUUGGAUGUAAAGGGGACAUUACAGUAAGACAUUCCGAAGAUGCCCAAGAGGUGGACCACAGCAACGCCAUGCAGCUAUCUCCCGGUCGUCUUGUUGGUGCUCGUUCUGCCCAGAUGUAUACUGUCGAUCCGUGCUGACAAAACCAUCAGCAAGGAAGAUCAUGUUAGUGCUACGGUCAAUGCCACCGUACUUGACUCCAAAGGCAAUCCUAAGCAAAUUCUAACCAAGGACGAUGGCAUGUACGGCCAGAAUUCACCGAAAGUGGACGCGAAAGGAAUCGUGAUUGCACCUGCACCGAAUCAUGGAGUUGUGGACCGCCAGGGCUGCGACCCCCACACUCGCUUCGCGGUGCCUCCCCGGACGGGGCACUGGGUGGCCCUGCUGCAGCGCGGCAACUGCACCUUCAAGGAGAAGAUCCUCAAGGCCUCGGCCUUCAACGCCUCCGCCGUGCUCAUCUACAACAACAACUCCAAUGAGGACACCGUCAAGAUGGGCCACGAAGGUACGGGCGACACGGUGGCAGUGAUGAUCACCGAGUCUUACGGCAAGGAGAUCCUGGGUCUGCUGGAGAGGAACCUGACGGUGCUGGUGAGUGUGGUGGUGGGCCAACACGGCCAGGCCAAGAACAUCAACCGCGGCUCCCUGGUCUUCGUCUCCAUCUCCUUCAUCGUACUCAUGAUCAUCUCCUCUGCCUGGCUCAUCUUCUACUUCAUCCAGAAGAUCCGCUUUACGAACGCACGUGACCGCAGCCAGCGUCGACUUGGAGAUGCAGCUAAGAAAGCCAUAGGGAAGCUGACAACCAGGACAGUGAAGAAAGGGGACAAGGAAACAGACCCGGACUUCAACCACUGCGCCGUGUGCAUCGAGGGAUACCAGCUCAACGACGUGGUCCGCAUCCUGCCCUGCAAGCAUGUCUUCCAUAAGCUGUGUGUGGACCCCUGGCUGAAUGAGCACUGUACUUGUCCCAUGUGUAAACUGAACAUCCUCAAAGCUCUGGGCAUCAUGCCCAACCUACCGUGCGUGGACAACGUCGGCUUCGACAUGGACCACAGGAUAGGGCGCAGCCAGACGAUGGCCAGCCAGCGGACAGCCCUAGUGGACCUGUCCAGUGAGACAUCCAUCAGCCUGGAGCCCCUGCAGCAAGGCCACCCUGGCACUGGACCCCAGAUCCCCUCAGAGAGCGGAGAGCUCACCCCCCGCACCGGAGAGAUCAACAUCGCCGUCACCAGUGGCCACUUCUUCAACCGGAACUCCCUGUCCCCACGCAGUUUGGUCUGUGAGAUGGAGCUACCUGACACCCAGGCAUCGCUCGACCGCUACGAUGACAAGUCGUGAGGGUCGUCUCCGUGGUUUCGACACCCCCCCCCCCCACACACCAAGGGACAGAUGGCCUUGUACCUUCCUGCACACCUGCGAGUCAUUGUGUGUGUGUGGGAGGGGGGGGGUAGGAGCGGCACAGCAACCUAGAUGGCAACCUUGACUAACCUGUGGAACAAUGACAUGAUGACAUCAGAAAUUUUCUACCAGUGCAGAAUGUACUAUUGCCUGUCAAAGAAAAGAGGGGAUACUCGUCCUCUCUUCUCCCCCUGGUUAGAUAUUCAGUAAAGUCCUUCCUUGACACUUUCAUUUCAACAACUGACUCUGACAUCUGUUUCUAGAUGCGGUAGUGGGUAAUUAUCCCUUUCUAGUCUUACUUUGCAGGAUCUCGGCGUAUCGUCCAUUUGAAAUGUGCUAGACAUAAUAAACCACUUGUUAGUGCAGCCUACAAUACAUCUGUAUAUAUGACUAGCAAACCGUCAUUUAAUUUAGCUUCCUUUGGCUCUAAUGCGGUAAGAAAGGUCUCUUUUUCCGUAAAGGCAGCAAUGGAAAAGUUUCUUCCCUGGUGGACCAGUUGGCUCUGUUGUAUUUACUAUGCUGCCUAAAGGACAGUGGAGAUGAUAUUUUGACUGGUGGGACAUGUCCAGACAUGCCUAGUCUCUCCCUCUAUAUGGCCAUGUGACUGGUGUAAUGCACCCACCAUGGUGACUGGGUUCAAGAAUAAGACCAGUGGAACAAUGGACAUGCACUGAUGCAACAUUCUGAACUCUGUGAAAAGCAGUAUAGCAAAACCAAUGUCUCUGUAUAAAAAUAAAAAAAAUACAUUUUAACGUGUACUUAAAAAAGCCUAUGAAAUACCCAGAUCGUGUAUUAAUCAACCCCUGUGUGUGUGUACAGUACCAGUCAAACGUUUGGACACACCUAAGGUUUUUCUUUCUUUUUACUAUUUUCUACAUUUUAGAAUG